AUGUCGAGCCGGAAGCUCAGCCGGAGGGGCGGGGAGCACCUGGACGCCCGAACCCGGCCCCCUCCCUCCCCAUCCUGUGCCCCUGUUUUAAUUUAUUUCUUACAGGCUGGACCAUUAACCAAAGUGACUAUAUGCAAAGACAGAGAUGGAAAUCCAAAGUCUUUUGGAUUUGUCUGCUUUAAACACCCAGAAUCGGUAUCUUAUGCCAUAGCUUUGCUGAACGGAAUUCGUUUAUAUGGAAGACCAAUUAAUGUGCAGUAUCGAUUUGGGAGUUCUCGCUCUUGCGAACCAGCCAACCAAAGUUUUGAAAGCUGUGUUAAGAUAAAUUCACACAGCUACAGAAAUGAAGAAGUCAUGGGCAGAUCUUCCUUUCCCAUGCAGUUAUUUCCAACUAAUAGUGCAGCUUUACCUCAAGAAUAUUUUUUCUUUCAGCAUAUGCAGUGGCAUGCUUACAAUCCAGCACUGCAGCUUCCUUACUAUGAGGUUACAGCACCGCUUCCUAACAGCACGUCGCUGUCUUCCUCACUGAAUUGUGUUCCAGAUCUGGAGGCUGGACCCAGCUCUUACGAAUGGACUCACCAACAACCGAGUGACUCUGACCCUUACCAGAUGAAUAAACGAAAGAGGCAAAAACAGACUAGUGAUAGUGAUAGUAGCACAGAAAACAAUAGAGGAAAUGACUAUAGCCAAAAGUUCCCAAAGAGUAAGAAAAAAAGAUACUAGUAGUUACAUUCAAAUGAAAUUUGUCUACACUGGUCUUAGUUCUCUUAAAAGAAAAAGAAUCUGUAUUCUACUAAGCGACCGAUUUCAUGGCUUUCUGGUCUUCUCUGAAGUAUAUAAAAAUAAGACAUCUGACUUGCUAUUCAGUUUUUGUCUUGAAUGACAAAAAAAUGUGUUUUUCUGUUUAUAAUGGUGUUACUAACAAGAAAUGCACUUUGAGUUGCUAUAUUUUAGUACUGAUGAUAAAUUUGCACUAAACUGUUAAUCAAAAAUUACUUCCUGAGCGCUUCUGGAUAAGGCACCAUGCUCUCCGAGAUUGCCACCUCUAGCCCUCAGCUGCAAACCAGCUGAGAUUAGAAGUGGGUAGUGAAUUUUCUGAAACUGAUACAAAUAUUUAAGACUUGCAUGUUUUCCAUAAUGAAGACAUAAUUAGCAGAGUUAAUUUCCUUUAUUACUAAUACUUUAUUUUUUAUGUCUGAAUGUGUUAUCUCAGAGCCUUACUCUCAUACAGGUUUAUUACAUAAAGUGAGGAUGUACGACUGUGAUACCAAAGGAAUGAGGACUAUCACAUGGCUAGUUCUUGGUUCCUUCCCUUUUCAUGUGAUUGUAUAUAAAUAGGAAUACCUGCCUCUUUACUUCCCAUGAUUUAACUGUAUUUUAUGAAAAUUAGUUGGCUAUGUUGGUAUAUAUUAUCCACUUCUAUUGCCAACUAGGUUUGAGUGAGUGUAUUUGACACAUUUAAAUCUUGAUAAGUAACAAUGAAUAGAAUGAUAAUUCAUUAAUGUUUAAUAUGUAUUGUUUAUCAUCAGAUCAAGUCUCCUAUUUCUGGAUCAUUUAUUUUCAGAAGAUAAAUACACUACAUGUAAAAUGAAUGGUUUAUUCAGAUAUUUUUGUUAGCUUUGUAACUCAUCAUAAACUAGAAUGAUGAAAAUAUUUAUUUAUUAAAGCUUAUUGAAAGGAUCACACAACUUCAUUGGUAGUUAACCACUCAAUUCAGUGGGAAAAGCCAUACUUUGAUAUUUCUUUUGCAUGUUGCAUAGCACUUUACAGAUAUUUGUAAUAAAAGUGUUUUUAGCAAAAUGAAUAAGUGAACUUAACUUCUGGUUUUAAAUAUGUAAUGCAGUAGCAUUUUAAAUGUAAAUAUUAGUCUAUUUCCAUCUGAUCAACAUGAGAAACCAAAUUCUGCUUGAUGUAGCUUGAUCUAUAUAACUUCAUAUUUCUGAAUAUUCAAAUUUAAAAUGACAUUUUUCUUUUUAAUUUCACGCUUUUGCAAUUUAGAAUCAUGCCAAAGGGAAAAUACUUCUACAUAAAUAGAAAAUGUAUAAAUAUAUAUUUAAACACAUUAACUUCAUCUCAGCCUUUUCAAUUCUUAUGCCUUACAGUUUUCCUUAGCACUAAAUUAAUUAUUUCAUUGUGAUUGGCAUUAUAGGAACUAUAUAUGUAAGAAAUAUCUUAGCAAGGAAGAGUGGCAUGUUUUUAAGAAAAUUAUUUUGAAAUGUUGUUACAUGAACUAAAAUAUUAGAACUGAAAAGAACUCUUGCAACUUCUUCCAUCACAGGCAGGAAUUAUCUGAAUAUCAGCUUUAGCAAGUCAACCAAUUUGAACUAACCAGAAGGCAAAUUUACCUAUUUACAUCAAAGUCUUUUGUUAUUAGAAAACAUAAAACAUUCCUUAAAAUGUUAAUAUCAUCUACAAUCCUAUAUGAUUUUAAGUUAUUGAUUUUUCCAAUGCUAUAUCAUUGAGUUUAAAAGUACUUAAAUUAUUUGCCUUAAAAAUGUUUAAAUUAUCUUCCCAAUUUGAAUUCUCCACUCUCAAACUCUAUUUAAGUACACAUUGUACUUCAGACCCUAGAAGCUAGGAAUUUGAGAACAAUCUUUUUUUUUUUAUUCUUAUAUUCACUAAUUUGUUUUUAAUUGAGUUGCUAUAUUAGGCAGUUUAAAAAAAAAAAAAGAGGAAAAUUACGUAGAUUUAAAGUUGGUCAACAAGAUGAAUGCAAAACAGACUCUUGAAAUCUUUCCUGAAGUGCCACAUCCUGAGCUAUCGUUUCAAAUGUAUAGCUAUUAACACAAGUACAUCACCUUUGAACUCUUGCAUUUAAUGCAGCUAUAAUAAGAUAAACAAUAACUAAUUUAUUGUAACAUGAUUAUUAUGAAAUUGCCAAUGUAAUGCUUUUAGUAACUUGUUUAAGCUUAAUAAAAGAAACAGCUAAGAAUUAUUACCCUUCCUUUAGCACUCCCCAGGUGCAGGGACAUAGUACACUGAUAUGUAGUCAACCUCUUCCUUUGUAUGGCUAAAUAUAAUAAACUGAUGGGUGAUUAGUGAGUGA